CCCGUGGCCACCACCCUGGAGCUUCGAAAAAAUGGCCAAAAGAAUUGCUGAGAAGGAACUGACAGAUAGGAAUUGGGAUCAAGAAGACGAAGCCGAAGAGGUGGGAACAUUCUCAGUGGCCAGUGAGGAAUUGUUGAAGAAUAGAGCCAUAAAGAAAGCAAAGCGUAGAAAUGUUGGAUGCGAAUCUGAUGGUGGAGGGGCCUUUAAAGGCUUUAAAGGGCUGGUGGCACCUUCUGGAGGAGGAGGGUUUUCUGGAUUCGGUGCUUGUGUUGGAGGGAAGCCUUUGGAAGGACUGUCCAAUGGAAACAGCAUGACAGGUGCCCCGCGCUUCUCCAGUGCGAGAGCUGCCACUGAGACCAAGGUGGCCUUUGGAUCUGUUGCUGCAAAUGGCCCCGCCUCCUUGGUUGAUAAGAUUUCAAACCCCAAAAGGAAUGGUGACAGUCAGCAGUCCUCUGGUCUUGCCUCGAGCACCACUCACCAAGGGAACGCCUACCACAAGCAGCUGGCGGCCUUGAACUGUUGUGUGCGGGACUGGAUCGUGAAGCAUGUGAACGCGAACUUGCUGUGCGAUCUGACGCCUGUCUUUAAAGACUAUGAGAACUACUUAGCAGACAUUGAGCAGCAGCUUGGUGACAGCGGGAGCAGCGACUCUGAAAGGAAACCCUAGCAAAAUGUCACUCGACUCAUAGUCUCCCUCCCUAUUUGGUUCAACAAAGUCACAGCAAGAGUCA